AUCAUAAUUCCUGAAAAGUGAGUAAAAUCCGCUCUAAAACUUGAUGUUUCUUUACAUAUGUUGUCUGUUGUUUUACAAAGCCGUAAGUUAACGCUCUCUGACCUGGAGACCGUCUUUUCGCCCGACAACACUGCCCUCUGGUGGCGCAGUUUGCGCCCUGCAUCUGUGACUCAGGCUGCGAGGCGCCUCAAAGUGCGGCUGCCGCAGCAGCAAGUUGGUCGUCAGGAUUUCCCUCCAACAAAGCGUGACUUGUGUCGGAGAGCCAGCCGAGCGGGACGGCACCUUUCCGAGGCUCGGACCGCGUCACAUGGCGCAUGGAUGGAUAGCGGGAAAAGGCUGAUCACAGUGGAAACAUCCGCGUUUACCAGGCGGAUCUGUUAGUCAGAGUGAGACCACACUUCCACCUGACUCUGGGGGGUUUCAUCUCAGGAUGCCUCACAGGAGCAAAAAAGAAAAGGAAUCCUCCAAAUCUGGAAGACCGAAAAAAGCUGGAAGCAAAAAUGGACCUGCAGGGGAACAAGAGGGUUCAGGUAAGAAGGCGCCCCCUGCAGCUCAGCUGUUGAGGGUGAAGCAGCCCGGGUCCCAGUCAGCGGUGAAGAGAGAGAAGAGGUUCAGCACCUCCUCAUUCCCCCUCAGCGCUAACAGAGAGCUGCAGAAACUCCCAGCUCUCGCAGAUGUGGCUCCAGCAGAACAGGAGAAGCUGUUCAUCCAGAAGCUGCGGCAGUGCUGCGUCCUCUUCGACUUCCUCUCUGACCCGCUGAGUGACCUGAAAUGGAAGGAGGUGAAGCGGGCGGCCCUGAGCGAGAUGGUCGAGUACAUCACCCACAACAGGAACGUCAUCACGGAGCCCAUCUACCCGGAGGUGGUGCACAUGUUUGCUGUGAAUAUGUUCAGAACGUUGCCGCCGUCGUCCAACCCAACCGGAGCGGAGUUCGAUCCCGAGGAGGACGAGCCGACGCUCGAAGCGGCGUGGCCGCACCUGCAGCUCGUCUAUGAAUUUUUUCUUAGGUUUUUAGAAUCUCCCGACUUCCAGCCCAACAUAGCGAAGAAAUACAUCGAUCAGAAAUUUGUUAUGCAGCUCUUAGAACUAUUUGACAGCGAGGAUCCCAGAGAGAGAGACUUCCUGAAAACAACUCUCCACAGGAUCUAUGGGAAGUUUCUGGGGCUGCGGGCGUACAUCAGAAAACAGAUCAAUAACAUUUUCUAUAGGUUUAUCUAUGAAACUGAGCACCAUAACGGUAUAGCGGAACUACUGGAAAUACUUGGAAGUAUAAUCAAUGGAUUUGCCUUACCACUGAAAGAGGAGCACAAGAUUUUCCUGUUGAAGGUUUUACUGCCUCUGCACAAAGUCAAAUCACUCAGUGUCUACCAUCCACAGCUGGCCUACUGUGUGGUGCAGUUUUUGGAAAAGGACAGCACAUUAACUGAGCCGGUAGUAAUGGCUCUACUAAAGUACUGGCCAAAGACUCACAGCCCAAAGGAGGUGAUGUUUCUCAAUGAGCUGGAGGAAAUCCUGGACGUCAUUGAGCCCUCGGAGUUCGUUAAAGUUCAGGAGCCGCUUUUCCGGCAGCUGGCCAAGUGUGUAUCCAGCCCACACUUCCAGGUGGCGGAGCGGGCCUUGUACUACUGGAACAACGAGUACAUCAUGAGUCUGAUCAGCGACAACGCAGCAAAGAUUCUGCCCAUCAUGUUUCCCGCUCUCUACCGAAACUCUAAGACGCACUGGAACAAGACCAUCCACGGCCUCAUCUACAACGCUCUGAAGCUUUUCAUGGAGAUGAACCAGAAACUGUUUGACGAUUGCACACAGCAGUUUAGAGCAGAGAAAAAUAAAGAAAAAGCAAAGUCGAAAGAGCGAGAAGAGGCGUGGAUCAGGAUCGAGAAUCUCGCCAAGUCAAAUCCACAGUUCUGUUUGUAUCUCGAUUCCUAUGACAUCAUAAGUCCUGUUGCUAUGGAAACGGAUGUCCCUUUCAUAGAAGAUGUACAGAGGUUAAAAAAGGCAGUUGAGGAGGGCGCAACUCAGUUGCAGGGGGAGCAGCGAAAAGAGCGGCCCAUGGUGAGACGCAAGUCUGAGUUGCCUCAGGAUAUCUACACCACAAAAGCCUUGGAGUCCCACCGCAGAGCUGAAGAAAUGUUGACCACCCACGACGGGCUCUAGACCCUCCACGGACAGAAUAACGCUGGCGAAACGCGUUUCUUUUACCCACAAUCCUUCAGUUUGUCUUCAUUCCUGCAGAAACUCUUCAGCCGCCUCUCUGUUUUUCCACUUUCUCAGGUUAUUUUAUUUUUUCUCCGAGGAUGAUGAUGGUGUUUUGUGUCUUUUGUCCCGUUUCGUCCCCGUUCUUUCACCACUGCAACGGUGGACAGCACAACGUUCGUUUCUACAAAAUCAGACGUUUGCGGGUUGUGUCUUUAGUUCUGCGGGAACGGAGAACUCCGCUGUUCGGGUUUAAAAAAAUAAAACGCGAUCGUAGUUUAUUUCUGUUUUGGGUGCCAAGACUGUUGCGUUCUUUAUGCUUGAUUUAUCGACUGCCUGCCUUUUUGUUUGUUUGUUGCCACUGUUUUAUUUUUUCCUCCAGCACACUUAAGACCAAACUUGGGCCUGUUCUCAGCCUUGCGUUGUUCAGAAAAAAUAAAAUAAACAAAUUUAAAAAAUGGCGAGGAAAGAAGAGGAUUACUUUAUUUUUAUUUUUUUUUUAAAUGUCCCGUGGACAUUUUUAUUAUUAUUAUUAUUAUUUUUUAAGUUUCCGUCUUAUUGUUUUUGUGCCAUAUGCCGCUCCGUUUUCUUUUCCUUUCUUUGAAAACCAGAUGAGUUCAAACAAUGGUACUUUCUGCACUGGAAGAAAAAUGACGUGGAAAAUGUUUGUGCUUUUGCUGUUGCCACGGCAACGGCAUAGAAAGUUUAUUUUUGUUUUUUUUGUUUUGAGGUUUCUGUGCGCACAUUGCAAAAUUUGCACGGUUGAAUGGGUGAAAGGAAAAAUAUCUCUUCUGUUACAUCUGAAAACUUUGAUUAGGACCUUUUAUUAUUCUCCUUUUUUUUUUACAUUUAUAUGAUUUUGAAUGCAAUUAAAAUGUUAGAGGUAAUUUAUUUUUAAAUUAAUGAUUCUUCAGUCAAACUUUUUGAUAGUUUCUCAAUAAUUUUUUCUUAAGUUAAAUAAUUUAAGCCCCUCUUGGUGUUUUCCAGUAAGUACCAUUGUUUAAACUUGCUGGAUUAUUUUUGUUUUCUUUCAGUCUAAUGUGUUGCAUCGUCUUUUUUUCCAUCCCUGGCCGUUCAAAAAGCCCAGUGCUGAAAACGGACUGGUGUGAAAAAUGACCUCAAAAAUGCCAGAUGUGAAAAAAGAAAAAAAAACUGACAUUGUGACUUAGUUGAACUGUAUUAAUACUGUAUUUGCUUGAACGCAAAAAAAGCUGUAAAUUUAGACUGACCAUGUCAAACAUGUACCUUUUACCUUGGAGGAAUGACAUUCACCAAACUGGUUUCUUCUGUCGGUCAAUACAUUUCUGCCUGCUGGGAGAAAUGGGUUUUUAUUUUAUUCAGUCCAGAAUGUUGGAAUUUUCUUUUAGUGCUGAAAACAAGUCAUUUAUAAUAAGAAAAGAUUAUUUAGAAAUUAUUUGGUGGCUUGUUCUCUUUCCACAGGAUCUAGGUAUUUUAAUUUUAACACAUAAUUUCCAGAACUUGUUAACUUAAGUGUCCUUUUGUAUGUGACCUGUACUAUAUGAUUCAUUUAUUGUAUAUAUGAUUUACCUUGUUUCAUGUAGUGUUAUAUAUCUAGAUUAUUUUGUACAAAUUGUCCCUCUGUACAGAAUAAAACAUCAAUAGCAAGUGAAAGAAAUUAA